CCGCUAGCUAACUAACUAGAUUUCCCAGAAGCGGAGAAGGCUCACGGCCGGCGGUCCAGCAAGAUGGUAUCCUGGAUUAUUUCGAGGAUAGUAGUCCUUGCCUUUGGGACGCUCUAUCCAGCAUACUCCUCAUACAAGGCGGUCAAAACGAAGAAUGUGAAGGAAUACGUGAAGUGGAUGAUGUACUGGAUUGUGUUUGCGUUGUUCACGACAGCAGAGACCGCCACAGACCUGCUCCUAUCAUGGUUUCCAUUUUACUUUGAGCUUAAGAUUGCCUUUGUGAUCUGGCUCCUGUCUCCAUACACCAAGGGCUCCAGCGUCCUCUACCGCAAGUUUGUCCACCCAACCCUGUCCAACAAAGAGAAGGAGAUAGAUGAGUACAUCGCACAGGCCAAAGACAGGAGCUAUGAGACCAUGAUGAGGUUUGGAAAGAGGGGUCUCAACCUGGCCGCUAAUGCUGCUGUCACUGCGGCCACCAAGGGGCAGGGCGUGCUGUCCGACAAGCUGCGGAGUUUCAGCAUGCAGGACCUGACCCUCAUCAACGCCGACGACGAGCUGGUUCUGCACACCGCAGACAGCCGCAUGAGACGGGACCCCAUGGACGAGAUGAGCUCAGGGGCCAGCACGCUGCCCCGGGCCAAGAGCACCGCUGCACGGCAGACCCGCUCUUUGGCGGCUACGUCCCUUGCUGACGACGCGUCAUCCCAACACAGUUCUGACCAAUCAGACACAAGGACUGAACACUCUGAUGAAGACGUGGGCGAAAAAGCCCCUAAACGCAGUACCAGCGUCAAGGCCACCAAGAAACCUGCUGCUGCUAAGACAGAGACUCAAGCCAAGACGGUGAAGAAGCCAACGAAGAAAAAGACCACGACUAACAAUGCGGAGACGCCGCCAUGAGGCCCGCUGUCCACAUCCACCGGCCUACACUCGCUCCACCCACAGCCCGCAGGCCC